AUGACUCAGAUGAUAGCAUGCAGUGAGAACAUGCAAAGACAUGUCCACUCAGGUGCACCAGGGGGACACAUGCAGAGUUGUCCUUUCCUGCGACACGAGGGAUGCCCUGGUCCAAAGAGCAGAUUGGUAGACAACCAGCCCGUGCAACAUGAGGUGGAGUACGAUGACCCUGAGCCGGAGCCAUCUUUUCCAGUGGCCUUUGCACUACUGGGCAUUUCCCUGGUAGCCUUGCUGCUGUACUUUCUGUGGGAAGGUGCCCCAUGGCAUCGAAGCAGGGGUACAGAGAGCAUCUACCUGGGAGGCUGUCUCAUGAUGACAGCAUCAGCUCUCUGUUGUGCUCAUCCGCAGUAUGAUGUUCGAGCAAAUGCUAGCGCCAAAGUGUGCGAUAUUCUCAUUCUGGUUUCUUUGAUUCAAAUGUAUGUACAGCAGGUCAAGCUAAAACAGCUUCCUCCUUUCUACAGCGAAACUGAUCCCAGGCCAUAUGCUCGACGAGAGCCAAAGCACAAGCUGUCGCGAAGACUCGCCAAGGAUCUGAGCACGCAAAUUGGGAAACUUGUCCAGAACGAUAAGCCUGUUUUUAUUUGGCUGCGGGUGACGGUCCUCAAGGGCCUCGCAGCAACUUCCGAACUCCUCCAGGUGGAAGUGGAGAGGGAGUCAUUGGUGUUUGAGCUCAUGCUUCUUCUCCACAAAGAGAUCAAACUCCACUGGCGCCGUCAACGCAUCCUUUGUGACGGUUUGCCAGUGGAUGAAGCUGACCGAUGGUCCCAGAUUACCAGGGAGUCUUCCAUCGAUGUACAGAUGUUGCAUUGCGAUCAUCGCCAUGUGAAUCCCAUUGAUGAUCGGACCAAGCUGUUGGCCAUGGUCAGGUGCUGCGGGGAAGCUUUAUCGUAUGCCUCUCCUGAGUUGAAACAAGACAAGGACCUGGUGCGAAUCGCCGUGGCCACCACUGGAGAGUCGCUGCACUUCGCCCAUAAAUCUUUGCAAAAAGAUAGGGAACUGGUUGAACUUGGCAUGUCAACCAAUCCGAAUGUCUUCAGAAUAGCAGGGAAGAUGCUGCGGAAGGAACCAGACUUGGCGAAACGGGCAAUUGAUGCUGAUAUCGAUUUGAUCCGAUAUUGUGACCCGGACUUGCUUCAAAAUUGGGAGUUUAUGAAGUACUGUGUACAGAAACGUGCUUCCCUCCUGCGCUAUUCAAAAAUUUGGCUUGACAGGAAGAUUUACCUGGCAGCUCUUGAGCGAGAUGGCUUGGUUCUCGAAUUUCUGGCCGAAAAGGCAUUGCGGGGUUUCAGGUCACGUCGCGGGGACGUCGAAAGAUGUGAUGAUGAAGAGUUCGUCCGGACGGCCGUGCGACAAAAUGGCAUGGCCUUGGCCUUUGCCUCCGAACGUCAUCGAGAAGAUGUCCAGUGUGUCUUGGAGGCGGUUCGGAAUGAUGAGCGAGCCAUGAAAUUUGUGAGGUCAAAACCGGUGAUUUGCCAAGUUGUAAAAGAAAGGCCUUCUGCUCUGAAGCAUGCCUUGUGGGAGUUUCAUGAUGACUUGGAGGUGGUGGAAGUGGCCUAUGCGUCAGAUCCCACGUCCCUGAAAUUUGCGGGCACCGAGGCAGCGUUGGGCAUGAUCAUGGAACAUGGUCCAAAGGUCCUACGAUUUUUGAAGACUUCCAUUCAACAGGAUGAACGAGUGCGGCACGCCAUCUCCAUUUCUGAAGCUGAGGAUCUUGGGGAAGACACCGUUGCUGGAUUCACAGUUCACAUGCACUACCCUUUAGGAGGCAUCGUGCUUUUCACCUGGCUCCUGCAAGAACUUCUGGAAUGGCGCCGCCACGAGCCUGCCAGAUAUAUGAUUGAAUCGAUUAUUCAGCGAGUGGUCAUUCAUGAACAAAAGCACUUGUUGAACGAUCUUCUUCAAGCAAUUGAUGUUCCAACACUGCUGCUUUGUGGCCCGCGGACUGUGGUUGCACUAUUGAGUGAGGAGGCGGUGAACAAUCUCCUGGAUCCCUUCACCAAGGCAAUCUUGCUGAACGCCUUGCAGAAAGUCGGCAUUACCACGUUCCGCACCAAAGCAGUGCGACGGCUGAUUUUGAGCUGCGAUGCCGCCGAGCUCAAGGAAUUGAAGAGCGCGCUGGACAGCACUGGCGACUACUUCAAUUUGCACAAGCUGAUCUAUUCCGAUCUGCGGGAACCAGUCCGCAGCGAGUUGAUUUCGUAUCUCCAGAAGAAGGCCUUGGAGCUGCGAAAUGCUGGUCAAGCAGUGGGGGUGAAGAUUCUGAGUGACAUUGAUGACACAGUACUGUGCAGUGGAGGAAGCUUUCCAGCUGGUUGUGAUAAACGCUUGCCGAAGAAGAUGCUGUACCCCGGCUUCGCGACCUUUCUGCGGGAGCUGGUUGUAGCUUUACGGCUUCCGAGCCAGGAGCCGCACAUCUACAAGGAUAUCUCUGAGCAGAAAACGUUCAGAACCGUCCAGCAGCUGUUUCAACAAGCAGUCCUGCACACCAUACCAAGCCUUCUGUCUGGUUCCCUCAGGAUUGGCUUUGGUGCUGUGGUCAAGCGAUGCUUCUGCCACUCCGAUGCCUGGGAGGACGUGGGGCGCUUCAAGCAUACCGUUUUUCAGGAGUAUGCCAGUCUCUACAGAGAGUAUGACUUCAUCUUUUGUGGUGACAAUGGCCAGGGCGAUUUGCUGGCUGGACAGCUAAUGAUGGAGGGGCCUGAAGAAGAUCGUCCAAUAGCCAUUCUGAUCCACCAGGUCGUAGACCUGGAGAAGUCCUUGACGCUGGAAGAGAAAGAGCCAAAUACAGCGGCACUAGCGGCGCAAGGCAUUUUUCUCCACCGGACCUAUGUUGGAGCUGCGUUGGCGUUGCACCGAGCGUUUCCAAAGUUGAUGUCUGUUCGGCAGCUUCAAUGCGUGGCAGAGUGUGCCCAGGAUGACUUCGAUACCUCUCGUAUCAUGUAUCCAGAAUGGACCCGCAAGUGGGAAGUUUACGAAGAAGAACUUUCGGCAGACCUCUCGGUUGUGGGGCCUCUUUUAGCCGCUGCAGGCCUUCCAUUGUCAAGGUGUCUUGCAUGUACGAGCACGCUGAUCCAGCAGGACGAGCCAUUUGUCCGGAUCUUCCAGUUGGCAGAUGCUGAUAGCAACAGCAGCAGCAGUGACCAGGAGUCACACGCUGGCUAUUGCUGCCAUCAUAUGGCCCAUUCGGACGAGGAUGUGAUAUUGAAACAUCCUUACUUACUUGACCACUUGAUAGAACAAGAAUCAGAUUAG